CGUUAGCUCAUCAAGCUGCAAUAUUCAAGCCUUGACAUUGCGAAGAUGGACGCUGUUAUGGUGUAGACAAGGAUACAUAGAAAGCACAAACUGCGAGUUUCGGAGCUCUGUUAUGACAACAUUUCCAGUUCGUCAAGGUGGAGGCAGGAGGUGUGUGUAGAGUGCAGCAGACAUCAGCAGCAUGUAUUCUGAGUGGCGCUCGCUGCAGUUGGUGGUGCAGAGUGACCAGGGCCACCUCAGUGUCCUGCACACGUAUCCCACCACCGUGGGCACGGAGGUGGCAAAUGCUGUGGUCAAGCCUUUGGGCACAGCUGUAAGCCCUGUUGCCACAGAGAACAUCCUCAAGACAGACAAGGAGGUGAAGUGGACCAUGGAGGUGCUGUGUUAUGGCCUAACCCUUCCCCUAGAAGGGGACACUGUCAAGCUGUGUGUGGAUGUGUACACAGACUGGAUGAUGGCCCUGGUGUCGCCCAGAGACUCGAUGCCUCAGCCUGUGGUCAAGGAGCCCAAUAUGUACGUCCAGACCAUCCUUAAACAUCUCUACAACGUCUUCGUACCAAGGCCUGAACAGCACAGUCUGAACCAUAUCAGGCUUUGCCAGCAGGUCCUGACUGCAGUCCAGAAAUUGGCACGGGAGUCUGUUUCCAUGGUGAGGGAAACCUGGGAGGUGCUGUUGCUCUUCCUGCUUCGCAUCAACGACACAUUACUUGCGCCACCCACGGUUGGAGUUGGGGUGGCAGAGAAACUGGCAGAGAAAUUGAUGGCAGUGCUGUUUGAGGUGUGGCUACUGGCAUGUGCCCGCUGCUUUCCCACGCCACCAUAUUGGAAGACAGCAAGGGAGAUGCUGGCCAACUGGAGACACCACCCUCCUGUUGUAGAGCAGUGGAGCAGGGUGGCCUGUGCCCUGACCUCCAGGCUUUUGCGCUUUACCCACGGACCAUCCUUCCCACCUUUUAAGGUUCCUGAUGAAGAUGCCAGCCUGAUUCCUUUAGAGAUGGACAAUGACUGUGUGGCACAGACGUGGUACCGCUUUCUCCACAUGCUUAGCAACCCAGUGGACCUGAGCAACCCUGCGAUAGUGAGCACCACUCCAAAGUUUCAGGAACAGUUUCUUAACUCUAGCGGUAUCCCUCAUGAAGUGGUGCUGCAUCCAUGUUUGAAACAGCUACCACAGAUCUUCUUCAGGGCCAUGAGGGGCAUCAGCUGCCUCGUGGAUGCCUUCUUGGGUGUCUCUGUUGAAAAGAGAGAUGUACGGGAGAGGGUGUUCAUUUUUCCUCCAGUGCUGCUCUCUCAUGGUAUAUCACGCCCCAGAGCUGACAGUGCCCCGCCCACCCCAGUCAACAGAAUGAGCAUGUCUCCGCCCCCCUCCAUCACCAACACUACGCCCCCUCACAGCCGCAAGCAACGUCAUGCGGUGGUCACCAAAACCACGAGCAAGAGUUCAACUGGCAGCGGUAGUCAGCCAACCAAAGCAUCCCAGCAGCAACAGCAGCAGCAGACUUCGUCCUCCCCAACACUGCUUUCAAGCCCCAACCAGAGCAGUUGGGAGACUCGGCCCUUGCCAGCCCCAGCACGGCCAAAGGUCAACAGCAUCCUCAACCUGUUCGGCCAGUGGCUUUUUGAUGCCGCACUCGUCCACUGUAAGCUCCACAGCGGCCUCAGCCGAGACCCCAGCAUGACCGCCUCUUUUAUCCAAAUUCUCCUUUCUUAUAAAUCUUCGAUAGCCACUCAAGUAGGUCUGGAGCUAAGAAGGAAGGGUUCCCAAAUGUCCACAGACUCCAUGGUGUCCAACCCCAUGUUCGACGCUAAUGAAUUCCCAGAGAGCUACGAGGCAGGACGGGCUGAGGCCUGCGGGACUCUCUGCCGCAUCUUCUGUAGCAAGAAAACUGGAGAAGAUAUUCUGCCUGUUUAUCUGUCCAGAUUCUACAUGGUCCUGAUUCAGGGUCUCCAGAUCUCUGAUUUUAUCUGUAGACCAGUUCUGGCUUCUAUCAUACUCAACUCUUCUUCUCUCUUCUGUACUGACCUGAAGGGCAUCAAUGUGGUGGUGCCCUACUUCAUAGCUGCCCUGGAGACUAUUGUACCAGACAGGGAGCUGUCCAAAUUCAAGAUAUAUGUAAAUCCUACCGACUUGAGGAGAGCCUCCAUCAACAUCCUGCUUGCCAUGCUGCCACUGCCGCAUCAUUUUGGCAACAUUAAAUCAGAGGUUCUGUUGGAAGGAAAGUUCAAUGAGGAGGAUGGGUGGCCUCAUGACCAGCCCGUGUCCUUUCUGUCUCUGAGGCUACGUCUCGUCAAUGUCCUUAUAGGAGCACUUCAGACUGAGACUGACCCCACCAACACACAGCUCAUCCUGGGUGCAAUGCUAAAUAUUGUUCAAGACUCAGCACUGCUGGAGUCCAUAGGUGCACAGACUGAAACAGGGAGUAUAGAUGGGAGCCACAUGACGGUGAGGAGUCAGAGUCACAGCCGUACCAACAGUGGCAUUAGUUUCACGAGCGGGGGAAGCACGGAGGCCACAAGCCCAGACUCUGAGCGUCCUGCCCAGGCCCUGCUCCGAGACUACGCUCUUCCAGAUACGGCGGCAGGCCUGCUGGUGCGCAGCAUCCACCUGGUCACUCAGAGACUCAACUCACAGUGGAGGCAAGAUAUGAGCAUUUCACUGGCUGCCCUGGAGCUGCUGGCCGGGCUUGCCAAGGUAAAGGUUGGAGUGGACUCUGCAGAUCGUAAACGCGCAGUCAGCUCUAUAUGUGGGUACAUUGUGUACCAGUGUAGCCGUCCAGCUCCUCUUCAGUCCCGAGACCUGCACUCCAUGAUUGUAGCUGCCUUCCAGUUUCUGUGUGUGUGGCUCACAGAACAUCCUGACAUGCUGGAUGAGAAGGAUUGUUUAGUAGAGGUGUUGGAGAUUGUGGAGCUAGGAAUCUCUGGCAGCAAAUCCCGACAGGAACAGGAAGUCCGACAUAAAGGGGAGAAGGAGCACAACCCAGCUUCAAUGAGGGUGAAGGACGCUGCUGAGGCGACUUUGUCCUGUAUUAUGCAGGUGUUGGGGGCAUUCCCUUCCCCCAGCGGGCCUGCCUCCACCUGCAGCCUGCUGAAUGAAGACACCUUGAUUCGCUAUGCCAGACUCAGUGCCACAGGAGCCAGCAACUUCCGCUACUUUGUCCUGGACAACUCGGUCAUCCUGGCCAUGCUGGAGCAACCUCUCGGCAAUGAGCAGAACCCCAGUCCAUCAGUGACAGUUUUGAUCCGAGGGACAGCUGGCAGACAUGCCUGGACCAUGCAGCUCUUCCACCAACCCAGAGGAGCUCGGGCCACUCAGAGGCAGAUGUUUGUUCCAGAGGGCCGUCCAACGCCUAACAAUGAUGUGGGUAUCAGAUACAACGUCAAGCAGAGGCCCUUCCCAGAAGAGGUGGAUAAGAUUCCUCUUGUCAAAGCUGAUGUCAGCAUUCCUGACUUGGAUGACAUUGUCAGCAAAGAGGUGUGUUGUAUGGGCUGGCAGGAUGAUUCGAAAGCUACAAAUACACUGAUGAGUAAUUACCCACACCUGGAAGUUCAGCAUGACAGGCUUCGUGUUCAGAUGACCAAGCAGAUAGAGUAUGAGAACGCCUUGGAGCGGCACAGCGAGGAUAUCUGGAAGUCCAAGCCUUACCCUGACCCACAGACAGACUGCAAACCUCCUCCACCCUCGCAGGAGUUCCAGACAGCACGCCUCUUCCUCUCUCACUUUGGCUUUCUGUCUCUGGAGGCACUCAAGGAGCCCAACAACAGUCGUCUACCUCCUCAUCUGAUUGGCCUGGAGUCAUCCCUGCCAGGGUUUUUUGAUGACAUCAGCUACCUGGACCUGCUUCCCUGCCGACCAUUUGACACUGUCUUUAUUUUCUACGUGAGGGCUGGACAGAAAAGUAGCCCCGAGAUCCUGCGGAAUGUGGAGUCGUCAUCUAGCGUCCAGCCCCACUUUUUGGAGUUCCUGCUGUCCUUGGGCUGGCCUGUGGACGUGGGACGCCACCCAGGGUGGACAGGACACCUAGAUACCAGUUGGUCCCUUAACUCCUGCUCCGAUAGCAAUGAUAUACAACAAACGGAUGAUGCAGCUACUCCUGAGGACACAGGAGGUUCAGUGUUCAACGGGGAGAAGAAAGUUUUAUACUAUGCUGAUGCUCUGACAGAGAUUGCCUUUGUUGUUCCAUCUCUAACAGAAAACUCUGAGGAGUCAUCAGUGCACAGUGACUCCACAGUGGAAGCAGACACGAACACAGACCUCAUGCCUGGUUUAAACAAACAACCUAAUCUCACACUGGAGCUGUUCCCCAACCAUUCUGAAAACCUGGAGUCUGCCAAAAAGCUGAGUCCUUUGGUAAAGACAAAGAGGUCAUCGACUGGAAAGUCCUUCCCACCACUGGGUCCGGAGACGAAGGUGUUUGUGGUCUGGGUAGAGCGCUUUGAUGAUAUUGAAAACUUCCCCUUGUCUGAUCUCUUGGCGGAAACCAGCACGGGCUUGGAAACCAGCAUGAGCAACAGCACUUCCUGCAGGUCAGGGUUACUAGAGAAGGAUGUUCCUCUGAUCUUCAUCCACCCUCUGAAGACGGGGCUUUUCAGGAUCCGGCUGCAUGGAGCCGUGGGUAAAUUUGGCAUGGUGAUUCCCCUGGUGGAUGGCAUGGUGGUCAGCCGCAGAGCACUAGGGUUUCUCGUGCGCCAAACGGUCAUCAACGUGUGCCGACGGAAGCGUCUGGAAAGUGACUUGUACAACCCGCCUCACGUGAGGCGGAAGCAGAAAAUAACAGAGAUUGUCCAGCGUUACCGCAACAAGCAACUGGAGCCCGAGUUUUACACCUCGCUCUUCCACGAGGUGGGGGAGGGAAAGCCUCACCUCUAACCCCCCUGCCCUGUCCUAACACUGGCUCACAAGCGCACACAACACACACACACACACACACACACACACACACUCUUAUCCUAUACUCAUACACCAUUUACAACUGUGCGUGUACACACACACACACACACACACACACACACAGAAUCUUUAUAUUUAUACUGUACUGUUUUGUUAUUUAUAUGAAUACAUAUAUCAACACUGUCUGCCUUUGACUCAGAGAGCAAAGUGUCAAAAACCAUGCCAAGGUGGAAAAAGCUGCAUUUCUAUGUCGCAGCCACUCACUGAAGAUUUGAAUGGCUGAAGUUCAACAGUGACUGUCUCUCCUCAUUUAGGUCCAUGCUUUGUGGCAAAAGAGUUUCUGCUUGUCAUUAACUGCAAUACAAUAGUUACACUGUUGGCCUUUCUGAAAUUGUAAAAAGUUUGUCCUUUAAACCCUAUGAUACGAGUGGAUUUCAUGAUGGUUUGGUAAUACAGAGUUCUGUCCAAAAUCCAGAUCUGCAUAUCUGUUUUUGUUUUAAUCAAACGGAUUUAUAGUUGGAUUUUUGCCAAGGAGAUAAACGUGCAAGCGUUAUAAAAAAAAAUGUUUUGUAGUAUACAUCGCUGCUGCUUCAAAGCAAGCGGCUUCGAGAGAACAAAGAAAAUGAUUGACAGCAUCCACCCAUUGUCUGAAUUUGACAACAAAUCGCCAUCUACAUGCAGACACCUGCUAAAGUCUUCCUCGUGCGAACACACAUUCGACCAUCGCAGCAGCUGACUGAGCACACAGAUAUUGCUGUUUAUAUUUUUUUUUCCAGAUGAUUUCUAGGACUCCUACGUUGUAUUACUGUAUGUGGAUGUCAUUUUUGACACCUGCGCUGUCUCUGUGCCAGUCUGAAAGUCAUCCCAUCUCACAAUAGCCACUGCACUGUUUGUGUGUGUGUGUGUGUGUAUGUGUGUGUGUGUGGCCACAUGUAUGCUUGUUCAGCCAGUCAAAUUACUUACACUACAAGGAGUCACAGUGACCCCUAAAAACCCCAUAUGUGGCAUUUAAAUAUGAAUUAUGUAACUUAAAACAAAUCUCAAGAUGACACAGCUUUGAAAUUUUUCUUGGUCAAGACUUAACCCAAGAAAUGGUUUCCCUUAAAGGGAUAGCGCCGAUUUUUGGAAGUGGUGUUGUACAUUCUUAUCCCAGGACAGUAUACUGCAUGCAGUAGAUUUCAAUCGACACAACCCCAGUUUGGAGAGGCAGGCUAGAGUCUGACAUGGAAGCUAAGCAACCUACUGCUGUGGAGGGGUCAGAAACAAAAUGUACUUUAACCACCUUAAAAACUCCCAUCUAAAAACAUCAAUAUUAGUUUCAGUGUAUGCUCUAUUGAGACUAUUUUUACUGCUUUAACUUGCUGUCAGACAAUGUUUUCCAGCGGGAAAAUUAAGCUGUCAUACCUCUUCACAGCCAGACUCCAUUGAGAAAAAACGUAAUUUAACAUUGCUGAACACAGGAGCUGCUGGUCUAUUGCUGCCCCGAUCAAUUAGUUUGUGUUAUUGUGUGACUUUGGUGUUUAAACAGAGUUUGUUUUGAUUCAACAAAGUCACACAAUAACACAAAUUAUCUAACUAAUCGAGGCAGCAGUAGAUGAGCAGCUCCUAUGUGCAGAUAACUCAAACUAUUGUUUUUCUCAUUGGAGUCGGGUGGCUUUGAUGAAAGCAUAGAUGGGGAACUGAAACGGUGAUGGGUAUCCCCGCCAAAGUGGGCUGCCUGAUGGUAAGGUAAAAUGGUGAAAAUACACUUAAUAUAGCAAGGUGGGACUUUUUUACAAGUGGCUAAAAUACGAUUUGUUGCUGCCCCCAUCCACAGCAGUGCGUUGCUUAGCGUCUGUGUCGGCACUCCUGCUUGCUUCUCCAAACUUGAGCCGUGCUAACUGACAUCUAAAUAUGUAAUACACUGACUAUGGAUAAGUACCCCAUGCAACCCCACUUCAAAAAAUCCGAACUCUCCUUUUAAUGCUUUGUAAUGUUUGACUUUACUGAUAUAAUUGUAGUUACGGAGCUGCUGGAGUUUGCACUCGGUGUUUGCAGGGCGAUUAUGAAAUGACCGCAAAGACAUUUUAGGUUUGAAGUCUCUGCCAAUACCAAACACAACUAUAGCACAUUUUAAGUGUCUUGCUUCUCCAAACAAAUCUAUGGUGAUGCAUUCAAAGGCCAAAACAUUAAAUGUAGCUAACAGCAUUAUAUACAGCUUGCAUUUUGGCUGAUCAAAGCUGUAAUUUUUUGACCCAGAAAGAGCAUCAUUUAACUUGUCAGAUUAGUUUGGGUAACACAAAUGUGCUGAUUUGCCUUCACACGUUUUAGUAACUUUUUUUUUUUUUGGCUUCACAAUCUUUUUCACUUUUGUUUACUCACUGUACUUUGGUUUUUGAUUCAAGCCCUCUCACUGUCUGCCUGUAACAAUGUGAAUCUAUUUAUCACAGCGAUGGAACAGGGCAAACACCUCUAGUUUCUUUGUUAUAUUGGAAAGUCUUAAUGCACUGAGCACAUGUUACGUUUAUUUUCUAUUCCCUUUGGUUACCUUACGUGUCCUUUUGUACUUUUGUGCAUUUUGAAAGAAAAACCCUGCUGAAGGAAAAGUUUUAUCUUAUGAAAUAUGAAUGAAAGAGAGGUGUCGUGGAGUUUUUAACCUAUCAUGUCUAAUUGUGUGACUCACUUUUUAUGACCGUGCUUUAUGCACAUUGCCUUUUUUUGGAAGGAAAAAGUACAUUAAAUAUGCUUCAAAGAAACUCCAUACAAUCAGUCAUACAUUGUAUCCUAUGUUACUCCUCUGAUGUUUGAUCAUAUUUAAAGAUUUGCCAUGUACAGAAGCGGAGGAUAAUAUGUAAAUAUAUGAUAGUGUAAGGCAUUUACAAGUUGUCUGUUGCAUUCCUCAUCUGAGUUGGCGAGGAAAGUUAUGUAUGUAUGCAAUUAUGUGUGGGAGCAUCACAAUGGGUAUUGAAUGUAACAUGCAUCGAUUAAAACUAUUAUUGACAUUUUAA